AUGACCGUCGAUUCAACUGAUCGGCGGGACUUCAUCGUGAAGAUCAACGGCGAAGAGGGCGGAGCCGUUGGUGCUACAGGGUCAAGCAGCAAUGCCGACGGAAGGAACAUCUGGAGGGAAUCGAGCUACGAUUUCUGGGACGGAGAAAAGGGUAAGAACGAUGAUAAAGGAGGCGGCGACGAAGACGGCGGGAGUUUCCAUUUCACUCGUCGGAGGGCGCGGUCGCAUGAUAUAUCUGUUCCGCCGUCGAAGCCAGUCAAUAAUUCCCUUCAAAAGCAGAAUACUGCCGGCGCGGAGAUCUUUGUCGAUGUCGAGCAAAACAUGGCAGAGCACCAGAGCAACACGCCGCCAAGUGGCCUAACGCCGAUUUCCGAGUCAUCUUCUCCGUUCACGGUUAAAGGAAAGGCCGACGCGGUUAGACGGAGGCAGAAAAGGAUAUCACUCGGUGGAAGUAGCGACGAAGAAGGCCGUAACGGUUACGGUAACAGAGACGGGGCAGAGUUUGUGAGGUGUAGUUCGAACAAACCACCGAUGCUGAGGAGGAACCACACGAAAUCAAGACUGCAGGAUUUGCCUCCAACACCGACACAUCCAACGCUUGACAAAACAGAGAUGAAGUCGGGUCGGAGAUCCGGGCUUUUGAAAUCCGGGUUUCUCGGGAGAAGCCCUAAACCGGGGACUCCAUCUCGCGGCGGGAUACUGGAGGAAGAAGAGGAGGAAGAUCCUUUUCAAGACGAGGAUCUUCCGAAGGAAUUCAAAAGGGAUAAACUUAGCAUCUGGGUUUUGCUUGAAUGGAUAAGCCUGGUCCUGAUAAUCACCAGUUUGGUCUGUAGCUUGACCGUACAUAGCUUGCAACGCAAGACAUGGUGGAAGCUAGAUUUGUGGAAAUGGGAAGUGACGGUUUUGGUGCUGAUUUGUGGGAGACUGGUCUCGAGUUGGGUAGUGAGAAUACUUGUCUUCUCCGCCGAAAAAAACUUACUCUUGAGAAAAAGGGUUCUGUAUUUCGUCUACGGCGUACGAAAAUCGGUUCAAAACACCUUGUGGCUAGGGCAAGUGUUGCUCGCGUGGCAUUUCUUGUUCGAUAAGAAAGUCGAAAGAGAGACUCGGACCACCGCGAUUAGGUACGUGACAAGAGUGCUGGUGUGUUUGCUUGUUGCUGUGAUCAUUUGGUUGAUUAAGACACUCUUGGUUAAGGUUCUGGCUUCGUCGUUCCACAUGAGCACUUACUUUGAUCGGAUUCAGGAGUCCUUGUUCACACAAUACGUGAUUGAAACUCUGUCGGGUCCACCUUUGAUGGAGAUUCAGAGAAUGGAGGAAGAAGACCAGAAAGUAGCAGACGAUGUUAAGAGCUUAGAGAAAUUGGCUGGAGCUAAGUUGCCUCCAGCGCUAAAGGCGACGGUUAGAAGUUUUAUGAAAGUCGGGAAAAGUCGACGACUGUCUCGGGUUGGUUCUAAGAAGGACGGAGAUAGCGACGGGAUAAGGAUUGAUCAUUUGCAGAGAAUGAACACAGAUAAUGUGUCAGCUUGGAAUAUGAAGAAACUGAUGAAUAUAAUACGAAAAGGCGCUCUUUCUACUUUGGAUAAACAUAUACAGGACACAGUUCCGGAAGAUGAGAACGCUACACAGAUAAGAAGCGAGUGUGAAGCCAAAUUUGCAGCUAAGAAGAUUUUCCACAAUGUCACUGAGCCUGGUUCCAGGUACAUAUAUUUGGAAGACUUCUUGCGUUUUCUAUCCGAAGAGGAGUCCGAAAGAGCCAUGGCUCUCUUUGAAGGAGCUUCAGAGACCCAUAAGAUCAGCAAGUCUUGCCUCAAGAAUUGGGUGGUUAAGGCGUUUAGAGAACGGAGGGCUCUGGCUUUGACCUUAAACGAUACAAAAACAGCAGUAAACAGGCUUCACCGUAUAAUCAAUGUGUUGAUUGGGAUCAUAAUCACAAUCAUCUGGCUUCUUAUACUCGGAAUCGCCACAAGCAGAUUCUUGCUAGUCUUAAGCUCUCAGCUCCUUCUAGUAGCAUUUGUAUUCGGAAACUCGUGCAAAACAAUCUUCGAAGCCAUCAUUUUCCUUUUCGUUAUGCACCCAUUUGAUGUUGGUGACCGCUGCGAAAUCGACGGUGUUCAGUUGGUUGUGGAGGAAAUGAACAUAUUGACGACUGUUUUCUUGAGAUAUGAUAAUCAAAAGAUCGUAUACCCGAAUAGUGUUCUCGGCACAAAACCUAUAGCGAACUAUUUCCGAAGUCCCGAUAUGGGAGAUGCGGUUGAAUUCUGUGUUCACAUAGCAACUCCUCCAGAAAAGAUAGCUGCCAUUAAACAGAGAAUACUCAGCUACAUAGACAACAAGAAGGAUCAUUGGUAUCCUGCACCUAUGAUAGUGUUCCUAAACAUGGAUGACAUAAAAAGUAUAAAGAUCGCAGUGUGGUUGACGCAUAGAAUAAAUUUUCAAGACAUGGGAGAGAGGUAUAUAAGGAGAGGUCUAUUACUUGAAGAAGUUGGAAAAGCUUGUAGAGAUCUCGAUAUCGAGUAUCGUUUAUAUCCUCAAAGCAUUCAUAUUCGUAGUCUUCCUCCUCCGAUUACUCCGGGGACUUCAGACCGUCUUCCUCCUGCCUGGUUGCAUCAACGCGGUGCCUGA